UUCAUAGUUUGCAAAAGAAGCCUCUGUCUAGCGGAAGAAGAACGUUGGUGUGCUUUCGAGCAGUGACUCUAUUCUUAUUCUUCUUCUCUAACAAAAUGGUCAUCGUCGAUUCCGAUUACGAAGGUGCCGCCAUCGAAGCCCUCGGUUCUCUCUUCAAGGUCACCCAAGUCUUCCUCUGGGAUGAUGGCCUUCAGGUUUCAUCCUCAGCUGAACGCUGGAAAUUGGAUGAAGCUGAUGACAAUCACGGCUCUGACCCCGUUCCUGCAGAUUUGAUUGACCUUAUUACACCCGAGGAUUUGGAGCUUACCAAACAGCUGAAUGAAUUGGGGCUCCCUCUUUCCUUCCAGACAAACAAAGAGAAAAAUGGACCAGUAAAAGGCAAAAAAAAGGGUAAACUUUUGAAGCAUCCAAAUACUUGUCACAACCCUGUAGAUGAAACUCUAUAUGAAGUGAGUGGGGAGGAGAUUGUAUCUCCCGCUAAAUUUCAUGAUAAAACUAGCAGUCCUUUAUCUUGUAUAUCAAUGCUGGGCCAAAGUGAAUCUUCUUUCCUUGAAGGUGCCAUGGAUAUUGAUAUGACCCAAUGUGCCUAUGGUGAAGGAGCUAAUUCUGCUUGCUGUACUGGGUUUGCUAGUGGUGUUUGCAGGGACAUAAAUAAUGAUAAUAUAAAUCAGGUAGCAACUAAUGAAGCCCAAGAUGAUGACUUUUUAAUCAGUAAUGAUCGUGUUGAUUUGAAAACUGCACCUGCUUCAGAUACUGGAGUCUCUGCUGGAAGCCAUUUGAAAGGUGCUGGUGUCAAUUAUUGUGGUACAGAAUAUGAUGAAAGCUUGAUUGACAGUGAAUGUUUAGAAGUUUCACCAAUUGUUGGCAAAAAUACAGAUUGUGAUACUAUUUACAAUGAUGAUGGUGCUGCCACUUGUCAUCCACAUUCUAUUGAAUCAGAGUUGCAUCCUGUGAGUUCAGAAGGGAUUGAAUGUGACAGAAAUGAUGUUUCAAAUAAUUAUGCUGAACAUGGAGAUUGGAUGGUCGUCUGGGAUACUUUCUAUGAGAGAACAUACUUCUACAAUAUUAGAACACACACUUCUACAUGGGAUGCACCCUCAGGGAUGGAGCAUCUGGCAACUGGCAGGUAUACUGAAUCAGAUGAUAGUAAAACUCUCAAGGCAUCAGAAGAAUGGGGAAUACAAAAUAGCACCAAACCACCUGAGGAAACCUUGAUUGAAGAGAACUUGGAAGUAAAGCAACAUGAAGAGUAUUUGACAGAGAGUGGAGUUGCUGUUGGCAAUUUGGUCUCUGAUAUCACUACACAUGGUGAAGACCAAUCGCUCAAUCAUUCAGAUGGGUGUCAUGAGAGAAGUAGUUGCAAUGAUGGAGUUUCAUGCUGCUUAAUAUCAAAUACUCUGGAUCAUAUCAAUAGCUCUAAUGAAGGAUGCAUUCAGGCAGCAUCAGAGGAUAAUCAUACACCCUUGGAAAACAUGUUAAUUGAUAUGUCUGGAUUGGAUUCUAAAUCUGAUCCUUUCGAGUCAAAACAGGGAAAGAAAGUAAAAAGAAGACAAAGGCAGAGGAAAUUAUAUAAUGAAGCUGAGGAUCUCCACUUUCAAGAAAUGCCUGAAGUGUAUUCUGCUGCAGUUGGCAAAUAUUGGUGUCAGAGGUAUAGUUUGUUCUCUAGAUUUGAUGAUGGUGUAAAACUGGAUGAGGAAGGAUGGUUUUCUGUCACUCCAGAGGUUAUUGCUCGGCAUCAAGCAAUACGUUGUGCAAGUGGUGUGAUAAUUGACGGUUUCACUGGUGUUGGUGGGAAUGCUAUCCAAUUUGCACAACAGUGCAGGCAUGUAAUCGGAAUUGAUAUUGAUCCAUUGAAGAUCGAAUAUGCUAGGCAUAAUGCUGCUAUUUAUGGUGUAGAUGAUCAAAUUGAAUUUGUAGUGGGUGAUUUCUUCCACUUGGCACCAAUGUUAAAGGCUGAUACUGUUUUCUUAUCUCCACCAUGGGGGGGACCUGAUUAUGUCAAGGCUACUACUUAUGACUUGAAGACGAUGCUUAGACCACAUGAUGGAUAUACACUGUUUAAUGUUGCAAAGGAGAUUGCUUCCAGAGUUGUUAUGUUCCUUCCAAGAAAUAUCAAUUUCAACCAAUUGGCAGAGUUAUCUCUGUCAUCCUGUCCAUCAUGGUCACUAGAGGUGGAGAAAGUUUAUUUAAAUAAUAAAUUGAAGGCGAUCACUGCUUAUUUCAGUUCUACAUCAGGUGGAGGGUGCUAGGUUAAACACAUUUGUUACAAGUGAAAUUAAGGAUAAUCAUCCCCUGCGAGGACAAAAAGAAAAGCACUAACUGUGGUGAUUUUGAAGUUACGCACCUGGAAUGGUGUUUAUACUUUUCCGAGUCAUUUAGCCUAAUCUCCAGUGUGCCACAAUAACUCUCCUGUUUUGUCUUUUUCACAUUAUGUUGUGAAAGCUGUGCAUACUGUAUUUUACCCCCCACCCCCACAGGAACGUGUGCAUAUUUUGAAACAGUCUCCAAUGCAACUAUGUAACAAUAGAUGUACAGAUAAAAUGAUUUGGGAAAGGUUUGUGGAUUGUAUAGCUGGUGAAUUUAUCAGCCAGUGGAAGAGAAUAGUUCCCACUGGUUCACUAGCUUAAAAAGAUGGGUUGCUACUUGCUAGUGACUAGGGGUGUUCAUUAUCCGUCUCAUUUUACUAACCUAUUUCGAGUAGAAGCUUAUUUUGUUAAGUUCA